UAGUGACCAUGUUUGGAGUUUUCUUAAAAAUCUUUCAAGAAGUAUGCUUUUGGAAUUCGGAUAUCGAAGUUUUGGUUCGUAUCAACGAUAGGCGAUGAAAGAACCAUCGGAGACGAAGCACCCUAACACUACGGAAAGGAACUCGAAAACGAAAGGGAAGAACAACAAUUUUGAGUUUUGUAAAGUAUGCAAGCUCAAUCACAAUCUAGGUCGCCGCCAUAACUACCUUCCUAACCACGUCAAAUCGCUCUCAUCUUUCCUAUCUCGAUUUCAGUCCAAACUCUCCGAUGUACGGCUUUUUCUUAAGAACCCUAACUUACUUCGUCCAGAGCUUGCAUCUCGCAAUAGGUUUUGGUGCGUCUUUUGCGAUUCUGAUGUUGCGGAGAACGACAGUUCUUUUGCCUGUGAAAAUGCAAUCAGCCAUCUUGCAAGUGCAGAUCACUUGAAAAACUUAAAAAGUUUUAUGUGGAAACAUGGUGGGGGAAUGGAUCGAAUUGAUGGUUUCCGGAUUUCAGAGGCAGAUAUUGCUAAGUAUGAAAAGAAGUGCAUAUCAAUGAAGAACAAAGGUGCUAGUGAACAAUCUCAUGGCCCUAUGAUUGGACCUUCAAAUGAAAUGAGAAAUAUCAGGUAUCCCAUUCAGAUAUGUCUGGAGGUUAUGAUGACAAAUUGUUGCUGUUGGGUUCAAAUGCAAAGCGUUCACGUAACUUAAGAGGUAAUGCAGGGAAAAGUUGCUUAAAUGAUGGUAAUCUUCACAAUAAACCGGUAUAUGCACAUAACAGGGAAGCUAAUGGGGAUGAUAGUUCAGCAGGUUUGCAGAAGCUCACUCGAAUUUCUUCUACAGUCCAUGAAACGGACACCGGAAAUGUGCAUUCCGGAGCACCCCCUCCUUGGUUUAAUGCAACAAACGGAAUUCAUAUUGAUCCUGGAAUGGAAACAGAUCCUGUGUUAAAACCUGUAAAAUCGAAGUUAAAUCCUAAAAGGGUUGGAGCUGCUUGGGCUGAAAAAAGAAAGAUAGAAAUGGAGAUGGAGAGAAAUGGGGAACUACCUGCUAACAGAUUUGAUGCCAGCUGGCUUCCAAAUUUCGGUAGAGUAUGGCAAUCAGGAAGCAGAAAAGACUCCCGGAAAGAAUUUCAGGUGGAAACCAUGAAACCUCCUAAGGAUGAAAAAAAUCAUUCUGAUGAUUCAUCGUUGCAGUUGCAGUUGCAGCCUUAUAUAAGCAAACGAAUGCGCAGAGAAGCCAAUGAAUGAUUGCUUCUGCUAUGAUGAUUUUGUAUUUUGAUGAGUAUAAAUUUCAGAGGCAAAAUGAGAAAUUGGUUAAUUGGAACUGGCAACUCACAGGAGCUAUCGACAGGAUCCAUCUUUCCAACAAACAUGUUGCCGCAGGACAUCAUUAUGAUAGCCAAAUGAAUGCUGAUGCUCAACUACCUCGCCCUCGCCCUCGACCUACCAUCACUUGCUCCUGAUGGUGUUGAUGAUUUUUUAGAGCAAUUUCAUCAUCUUUUAACCACCUCUUACUCUUGGACAAGUGCUGACAACACUUGAUGCUCAAUCCCUUGCUCCAGUUGUAAGAGAUUUAAAGAUUCCUCAAAUUUCCUCUCCAUCAAUAACUUUUAAAUCAAAUUUUUGUAAGUCGCCUGCC